AUACUCUGGUUCGGGCCAUUAAAACUUAAAUAAUUUAGUUUUUCGUAGGAUACCACUAUGUCGUCAAAUAAAACAAAGGAUGUAAAGCCAGAACCAGUGGCGUAUAGUGAAGUGGCACUAAGAAACAACGCUGCAGUUGUUGAAUACUGCAGAACGUCUAUGGCUGCAUUAUCAGGAUCUACUGCAGGUAUACUAGGUCUGACAGGACUCAACGGUUUUGCCUUCUACGUAUUUGCAGUCAUCAUCCUAUGGGUUAUGUUCAUGAUAAAGGCUGGACCAAACUGGCAGAAGUACUAUGUAUCAAGACAGAGUCUCUUAACAAAUGGAUUCUUUGGAGCAUUAUUCACUUAUGUUCUAUUCUGGACUUUUAUUUACGGAAUGGUUCAUGUUUAUUAGUGAAUUCUAUAAUAUAAGGUCGUAAAAUAAUGUAUUUAUAUAAGAAAUGGUAAUAAAGUUUGAAUUGUGUUAUGGUAUGAA